AAGAUGAAAAUGGAAGAAAUGGCGUCGAUGAUCGGGGUAUCACGCCCUGUAUUCCAAUUCCUUUUAUGUUUCGUGGCCACAAUUCCUGUCAGCCUCUUCCAUCGCUUCGUCCCUGGUGGUCCCACCGCAAAGCACCUCUACGCUGCAACCACCGGCGCCGGCCUCUCCUACCUGGCCUUUGGCCUCUCUUCCAAUAUACACUUCCUCGUGCUUAUCCUCAUCAGCUACGGCUCUAUGACCCUCUGUCGGAAACGAUGUGGCCUCAUUACUUUCUUCUUAGCAAUGGGUUAUCUCAUCGCAUGCCAUGUGUACUACAUGAGUGGGGAUUUAUGGAAGGAAGGAGGUAUUGAUGCUACUGGAUCCAUGAUGGUGAUAACACUCAAAGUGAUUUCGUGCGCUUUUAAUUAUAACGAUGGCUCCUUAAAAGAGAGACGUCUACGCGAUACCCAAAAGAAAAAUCGAUUGUUUAGGUUACCCUCUGUCAUAGAGUAUGUGGCAUAUUGUCUCUGCUGUGGAACUCACUUUGCAGGCCCCGUUUAUGAAAUGAAGGAUUAUUUAGAUUGGACACAAGGGAAGGGGAUUUGGACCAGGUCUGAGAAACCUUCACCAUCACCUAUUGGGCCAACAGUUAAAGCUAUUCUUCAAGCUGGUUUGUGUAUGGGUGUCUACUUAUACCUUGAUCCCCGAUAUCCAUUAGAAAGAAUUGGCGACCCGGUUUAUAAAAGUUGGGGAUUUAUUGAUAGGUUUAGCUACCAGUACAUGUGUAGCUUUUCUGCGCGCUGGAAAUAUUAUUUCAUAUGGUCGGUCUCAGAAGCUUCCAUGAUUCUUUCGGGCCUUGGUUUCAGCGGAUGGACCAAUUCUGUUCCAAUUGAAGCACAAUGGAGAGGGGCCAAAAAUGUUGAUAUUUUGGGUGUUGAAUUUGCAAAGAGUGCAGUAGAGAUACCACUUGUGUGGAAUAUACACGUCAGCACAUGGCUUAGACAUUAUGUUUAUGACAGGCUUGUUCAAAAGGGGAAAAGACCUGGUUUUUUCCAGUUGCUGGCAACACAGACUGUCAGUGCUGUAUGGCAUGGUUUAUAUCCAGGGUACAUUAUAUUCUUUGUUCAAUCUGCUUUGAUGAUUUCUGGUUCAAAAGCCAUUUACAGAUGGCACCAAUCUGUCUCGGGCGGUAAACGUAUGUUUAAGAAGAUGAUUAUGCUCUCAAAUUUCGCUUACACAGUUAUUGUUCUAACCUACUCUUCUGUUGGUUUCAUGGUACUAAGUCUGGACGAAACAAUCACUGCAUACGAGAGUGUAUUCUACAUUGGAACCAUUCUUCCUGUGGUUUUCAUCCUCUUUGGUAGCAUUAUGAUCAAAUCAAAGCCGCAUACAUCCAGAGCCCGAAAAGUAAAGUAAUGUCUACAAACCACACAAAAACACAUAUUAAUUUUGUUUCCUUCUUGGCCUGUUUAGCUCUCAAGAACCACCACAGGUCCAUAAUUAGUAACGAAAGUGGUGUAGGCGACAUAAUUAAUUAAGUGUUUUCAACUUGUCACGAUCUGUGUCGGGUUCUAACCUCAAACCUUUUAGCACCAUGUCGGAUCUAGAAGUGGUUUAGGGUGUGUACUUGCAUA